CUGAUUGAAUUACUUUUCCUCUCUUUAGAUCAAAAUAUCGCAGUAAGUAGGAGCAAACCCAUUACCUUAGAUGACAUCUUCACUCUUCUUUCGUCCGCCUUCCUCCGUGGUCCCAGUCGCUUCCACAAAGGCUCCAGCAGUGUCAGCCGUGAAGUUCGCGCAGGCAUCACCUAUGUCUACUUGGAGUUCUUCACUCAUCUUGGCUCUGAUUGGCUAGUGGCGCACAGCUACACAAUGCUUUCCCAUUGUCUCUCCCUCCUCACAAGCCCUCGCUCUACCUCAACCCCCAGUGAAGCGGCCUUUACGCGUCUCUGCUUGGGAGGACACCUACUACCGCGUCUGCUGCGUCGACACUUCUCGGAGACAGCUCAAGUCGCGGUAGCACGGAACCUCAUCGUUCUCCUCUCAACGCGAAUGCGAAAGCGUACAAAUCAACCCCAACAAGGACAAUCACAGCUAAGAGGAUUUGCGAAGAGUCUGCGAUCGGUUAGCUCGUCAGAACAGUUGGACGAGCAGGCUACCGGCAGCUCUAAUGGGGGUGGAACUGGGGAGGGAGGUGAAGAAGGGAAUGGUGGAGCUGGAACUGUCGGAGCUAGUAGUGGUGCCAGUGGUGGUAAUGCGGAUGAUCCAAACUACUUAAUAUGCUGUCUGGAUGUUCUGACAGAGGUGAUUAGGUGGCUGGACUCCAGUGUUGCUCCCAUUCUCUCGCCUCCGUCAAAUCUGGUGGACACCCUUUUUGACGCGUGUUUGUCUCACACCUCUUUGGGUGUGCGUGUUGCUGCUGCAGCAGUCCUCCGUCAACUGGCUAUCGCACUGCCAAGCCAGCGGGUGCCUCUGAUGAAUCGUUGCAUGAGCGUGCUGGGCUCCGUCACUUCGGCUGAUAGUAUUUCUGGGCACAGUCUUGCGCUUGGCGGACUGGUGGCUGGUUCUCGGCUCGGAGAGUUGGGAAUUCCCUGUGCUAAGGGCAAAGCUUUUGUGCCGGUAUACUAG